AGUAAUGCAGCCGGGACGCACGCUCUUAGUCCUCGUGCUUGUAUCAGCGUGUUCGAUUCCCGCCGCACGUCAACAUUCUAGUAAUGGGGUCACGCUGAACUUCACUGAGGCUGUAGCAAGAAAUGGAUACCAAUCGGAGACCCAUUCAGUCCUCACUGAAGAUGGAUAUCUGCUGACCCUGUUCCGUUUGGGCAAGAACAGGGGGACACCGACUUUACUGGUGCACGGACUUCUGCAGAGCGCUGACUGUUGGAUAGACUCCGGGCCGGAUGCUGGGCUGGGUUAUCUCAUCGCAGCAGCUGGAUAUGACCUUUGGCUGGGCAAUGUAAGAGGGAAUUAUUACUCACGAGCCCACACCCACCUGCGGCCUGAAGACCCUGCCUUCUGGGACUUCAGUACAGACGAAAUCGGUCUUUACGACGUGCCUGCUAUGGUGGAUUAUGUUCUGCAACAGACCGGCGCUAAGAAGCUAAACUACAUCGGAUUCUCGCAGGGAGCAGGUGCCCUCUUUAUGACGUGUUCUGAAAGAUCACAUUAUUGCAGCAAAGUUAAUGUUAUCAUAGCUCUUUCUCCUUCCAUGAGACAUAAGAAUACCAGAUCUCCAUUGUUUAGAUUAGUGACUGAAGGCUCUUUGGACUACGGGCCAAUUUUACGCAGUGUUGGCAUCCACGAGGUCUUUACUCGAGGCACACUGACCCAAGAGAUACUCAGCUUCUUCUGCAACAUUCCAGAAUUGAUUAUAUUCUGUACUAUAUUCAAGGAGAUGUUGGAUGCAGUGUAUCAGUUACACAAGCCUAUGGUAACUGAGGAGACAAUCAGGACAUUGGUAACUCACUUUCCAUCAGGCACUUCUGUGAAGAACAUGGUGAGGUUUGGGCAGGCGAUGAAAAAUGAGGAGUUUAUUAAAUUCGACUAUGGAGAAGAGAACCUUCAAAGAUACGGGAGUGUUCUACCACCAAAAUACAAUUUUGAAGCGGUGAAUGUACCAGUGGUGGCUAUAUACGGGAAGAACGAUGGCAUAGUAGAUAUAAAGGAUGUUGAAUGGGGCUUGCAGAAGCUUCCCGUGGUCCUCGAAAGUUACGUCAUAAAGGAUCCGCACUGGAGUCACCUGGACAUGAACUAUAGCAAGAAUACAAAACGAUUGGUGUUCCCAAAGAUCAAUAAAUAUUUAUCCAUGUUUAGUUUGUGAGUGUGCGUAUUUAGUACAUUUUUGUGCUUAUGUUAGAAUGUGACUUUGGUACAUAUGUGAACUGUGUUGGUGUGAGUCUGUGUUGGUGCGACUUAAAUAUUUAUGGCAGGUAGUUUAGUUAGAUAUUGUUGUUAAAAAUGUUUAAUCGCUACGUAGGUGCUGACUUUUGUACAAAAUACACGACUAACAGUUAAACAAUAAUUUUGUUAAUCCCUUUUCAAAAUAGAGUAGCCUUUUCAGUCUAGAGUCUAGAAUUUGAUCCCAAUAUGGCGAUUGGCUCACUCUUUUCGUCAUAGGAUGAAAUACAUACGGCGGAAAGUGGGUGAAGCAAUUGCUUUUCUGCUUACCCUUUCGGGGAUAAAAGACGUGAAUGUGUGUGCUUUUCAAAAUAGAAAAGAUUCAUAGAUAACCCAACUAGAAACGCAAAGUUUUUGUUUA